GGGCCGGUACCAUGCUGGCCAGUGUCAACAUCAACCUCGGCCGAAAGCUGGUGCGCAACUGGAAGGACAAGGGCAAAUCAGGCGCGGCCACUGACCCGGAGGACACGUCCUCUCGCUACCGACCCGGCGACCUGCAGGCGCUGGCGCUGUCGACCAAGUUCACGCGCCGCGAGAUCCAGUUCUUCUAUCGCGGCUUCAAGCAGGAGUGUCCGAGCGGCAACAUCGACGAGGACGGCUUCCGCGAGAUCUACGCCAAGUUCUUCCCGUUUGGAGACUCGAACCAGUACGCGCACCUGCUGUUCAACGUGCUGGACAAGAACCAGUCAGGGAGCAUCUCCUUUGAUGACUUCAUCUACGGCCUGUCCACACUCAUCAAGGGCAGCACGGAGGACCGGCUGGCCUGGACCUUCAGCCUGUACGAUGUCAACAACGACGGCUUCAUUACCGAGGACGAAAUGCUGCAAGUGGUCGGUGCCAUCUAUCGGCUGAUUGAUACAACACAGUCGGACCACGUUUCACCAGAAGAAAGAGGGCAGGACCUGUUCACUAAAAUAGACGCAAAUCAUGAUGGCAUCAUCACCCUGGAAGAGUUCAUGACAUACUGCUCAAAGGACGCCACCAUCAUGUCUGGCCUGGACAUGUAUAACCUGAUGUGGGAGACGUAGGAGUGCCGAACUCCACAGUGUGCCCGUCACCUCCAGCUGCCACAUCCGCAAGCCCGUGGCCGCCUGCGUUGACAGCCGCGAGGGGCUGCAGCGGUAUCUGGCAUGGAAACGGCGUUCGCUACGUUCACUCCACCACUUGCUCUGUUAUUUGUUACUGCCUGGCGUAUGCUGAGCUAGUCGUAAAGCACCGGACAUGGUCGGGCAACACGAAGUCUGUUCCAAUCUAUCGUCCACGCGGACGCGUUAAGGAUGCGUGUGUGGUGUGAUGCGCGCGCAUUGUAUGUGUAAGUAUAUUUUUCAGUGAAUGUGUUGAAUGGUUCAGGAAGUUUCGUGAAAAUGCUGCUGUCGAUUCAGAUCAGAACCAGCUGCAUGAAACUACUGGUGCGUCAGUCGUACUAACUGGUUAUUGCAACGACGUUUCUGUCAGAGGCUUGCUCAUUCAGUUCGCUCUCGCGUAGUCCGGUCGUGAGCUACCAUGACUGCGGGUGACUCCGGCACUUGCUGUGUUUUGCUUGCUUGUGUGUAGUGCCCAAAGGUUCUAGAUACGCGCGUUUUUAUCAAGUAGUCAGGACAUAUACAGAGAUGCUGUGACGAGCCUCUUUGAAUAACCUCAUGCCACAUUCAGUUUAUCAUGUAGCGAGCACUGUGUUCAUCUUUCAUGUUCGGAUUUAUAAAUGUAUAUUGGUCAUUCA